GCUUCGGCCAGGUCCCCUUGGUUUCACCGACCCUUCUGCUCUCCAGCAGGUGCGCUCGGAGGUCGUAGCCCUGAGCGUGGCGGACACACACUGCGCCCAGGUCCCGGGGCUGUGGGGCCGCUUGGAGGCGGAAACCUCGGUGGGGAGCAGCCGGCUGUUGCAGGGGCCGAGGAGGACCAGCGCACAGCCAGCAGCCGGGUGCUCGUGGAGCAGCUCAUGGACGCCCCGGGCCGCCCGCAGGGACGGCGCUUGAAGGGACGGGUUGCCGCUGGGCAGUCCCAGCAGGCAGCGGGUCGGCGCUCAGACACCGUCGACAGAACAGCCCCGGGGAAGCCCCGCGAAGACGGGCACAGAGGGGGCAAAGGGCCCUACAUGCCAGGCUGUGCGGCCACGAGCGGAAGGAGGGCGCCCAAGAUGGCGGCGGCGGCGGCGGCGGCAGUGGCGGCCCCGAUGGCCGGGCAGGGGGAGGGCGGAGAGGCGGAGGCACGGCUGCCGCCUCCGCCGCGUCGGGGUGGAAGCGGGGGCCGGGAGGCGUCGGCGUCGCCGCUGGAGAGCCUGCUGCGCUGCCCGCCCCGCCCGCGCCGCCUGCUCCGCUGCCUGCCGCCGCCCUCGCCGCGCAAGCGGAGCACCAGCCAGUGCAAGACGGAACCGCCGCUCCUGCGCACCAGCAAGCGCACCAUCUACACCGCCGGCCGCCCGCCCUGGUACAACGAGGCCGGCACCCCCUUCAAGGAGGCCUUCGUCAUCGGCUUGUGUGGCGGAAGCGCCUCUGGCAAGACGACCGUAGCCAACAAAAUCAUUGAGGCCCUGGACGUGCCUUGGGUGGUGCUGCUCUCCAUGGACAGCUUCUACAAGGUGCUGAACAAGGAGCAGCAGCAGCAGGCUGCCCAUAACGAAUACAACUUUGACCACCCGGAUGCCUUUGACUUUGACUUGCUGAUCAGCGUCCUGCGGAAGCUUAAAGAGGGCAAGAGCGUUAAAGUUCCCGUCUAUGACUUCACCACACACAGUCGGCGCAAGGAGUGGAAGACGAUCUAUGGGGCCAACGUGAUUGUGUUUGAAGGGAUCCUGGCAUUUGCCAACAAGGAGCUUCUACAGCUCCUGGACAUGAAGGUGUUUGUGGACACGGACUCGGACAUCCGGCUGGUCCGGCGACUGAAGCGGGACAUCAUGGAGCGUGGCCGGGACGUGGCUGGGGUCAUCAAGCAGUACAGCAAGUUUGUGAAGCCAGCCUUUGAGCAGUACAUCGAGCCCACAGUGCAGGCGGCAGACAUUGUUGUGCCCCGAGGUGGGGAGAAUUUUGUCGCUCUGGACUUGAUUGUUCAGCAUGUGCACAGCCAGUUGGAGAAGCGCGAGAUCACAGUCAGAGCCGCCUUGGCCUCCGCCCACCAGGGCCAGCCGCUGCCAAAGAGCCUGAGCGUCCUGGAGAGCACGCCGCAAGUCCGGGGGAUGCACACCAUCAUCAGGAAUAAGGACACCACCAGGGACGAGUUCAUCUUCUACUCCAAGCGCCUCAUGCGCCUGCUGAUCGAGCACGCCCUCUCCUUCCUGCCCCUCAAGCCGGUGACCGUGGAGACUCCGCAGGGGACUGUCUAUGAAGGCAAGCGCUUCCACAGGCAGCGGAUCACAGGCGUCUCCAUCCUGCGAGCGGGAGAGACCAUGGAGCAAGCCCUCACCGCCGUCUGCAAGGACAUCCGCUUGGGCAAGAUCCUCAUCCAGACGAACCACGACACGGGGGAGCCAGAGCUGCACUACCUCCGGCUGCCCAAGGAGAUCAGCGAGGACUACGUCAUCCUGAUGGACAGCACCGUGUCAACAGGGGCUGCUGCCAUGAUGGCCGUGCGGGUGCUGCUGGAUCACGAUGUUCAGGAGGACAAGAUCUUCCUGCUCUCCUUGCUGAUGGCUGAGAUGGGGGUCCAUUCCGUGGCCUACGCCUUUCCACAUGUGCGGAUCAUCACCACGGCAGUGGACAAGAGAGUUAACGAGGAGUUCCACAUCAUCCCUGGCAUUGGUAACUUUGGAGACAGAUACUUUGGUACCGAUGGCACCCUGCCCUGGUCUGAAAGUGACAACAUGGACAGCUGAGCUGCUCCCGUGGGGCAGGGCCUCCUUUCUUGUGGGGGUGCUGCAGAAGUGGGGCCUUGGGCUAGGCUGCACAGCUCCCUCCCCACGCAGUUUUAAGAGCUGCCACCAUGCUCGGCAUCCUCAGCGGCCCCCAGCGCCCCAGGUGGGCAUGCCCUGCUGCUGCUGCUGCUGCCAGCUCCGUGUGUGUGGGGGGGUCUCUGUGGGGCCCUUGCUGCAGACGACCUUGAGCCUCCUGGCCUGCGCUAGCUCUGGGACUCUGCUGGAAGGAAGUCUGGCUGGUGGCUGAUGCUGUGUGUGCCCCCUCCUCCCUCUGGGCACAGGAUGAAGAGCUUCCUGGGCGGCUGCCUCCAUUCAAGACCCUCCUCCUCCUUUCCUAGGGACCGGAGUGCCACUGGCCCCAGCCCCCCUCCCCCCCUCGAGACUGCACCGGAACAUGCGGGACCACAAAUACAGCCAUAAGGGACCUUGCUCCAGAGGCAGGAGUCGCUGCCCCCCCGCCCCCCGCCUGCCCAUUGCUGGCUCUGCCUUCCCAGAAGUGGCGCUGGGCCUGGAGCUGGGCUGGGCCCGCUCUGCAGGUGGCUUGGCUUGUGUGUGCCUGUGGCCAGCCUGCCCCCACCAUCUGGCCCCUUCCUCCACCCUGAACUCCGCUGCCUGCCUUGCUUUUGUAUGUGGUGAUAAAGACAGACAGUGACUCCU